AUGGAUGAAUCAUCAGAGGUUCACUUUUAUAUAAUGUGGUUUUCAUUCCUUAUUGCAACUUUCUGCUUUUUCUCUGCUAACUUGUGCGGUAUCCUAAAUACAAAAUCACAUAAGACUGGUAUAUUUUUACUUCUACUUAUCUCAGGGCCUAAAUGGGUUAAAGAUGUUACAGCAUUGAAGAAUGCUCCAAAUUUCAAUGAGCUCGAUAUUGACCCAGAAAAGUUCUAUGAAUUAAGGCAUAACUAUUCGAAAUUAGAAAUGGAUGUAUAUAUAUAUUGUAUCGAAAUUAUCAGCCUUUUCCUUAUUAUACUUUUACCAUAUUGGCAUGGGUCUUACUCAGAAAAGAUAGACUAUAUCUGACUAUAAUGAUUAAAAUCAUUACUAAUGAUAGUGUUUUUCUAUUUUCAAUAUAAUAAAUAGUAAACGUAAUCAAUAUAAAAAAUGUUGUGAUUAUUGUAAUUAGGAAUUCCUGGAAAAAAGAGUUAAGGAGGAAGAAGAAAAUUAUGCAAAAUUGCUUUCUUCUAAAACAUCAUAA